AACGAUUAUGGUUAAAAUAAAUUACACUGCUGCCAUUCUUGGGGCAUUGAAGAAGGAGGAAAUACUUAAGAUUGGCUUAAAAGAAGCUGAUCAAGACAUCUUCGAGCGUAUUAUUGAGAAUAUAAAUACUCAAUUAUCAGCAACUGCAGCGUUAAUAGCAGAAAAAAAACAGCCGACGGCCAGUUGUUACUACCGGCGACGCGAAAAAAACCGCCAGCGGCAAGAAGAAAACCUUCGGCGGCAGGAAGAAAACCGCCGUCGGCAGGAAGAAAGCCUCCGGCGGCAGAAUGAAAACCGCCGUCGACAGGAAGAAAACCGUCGUCGGCAGAAAGAAAACAAUGAAAAAAAACGUAAUUCGUUUAAUGAUAACGAAACAAAUGACGAAUCAAGCACAUUAGUGCCGAUAAGUGUAUUAAAUACGUUAGAUACCCCCCUCUUACAAACAUAUGAAGAGUCAAGCACAUUAGUGCCGAUAAACGUAGUAAAUACGUUAGAUACUUCCCUCUUAGAUAGAACCACAGGUAGUGAUAGGGACCUUGAUUUGAAUAUGUCAAAAACAAGCCUUAAUAGCACUUCUAAUGUUGCUCUACUAAGAGCUAUAAAAUUCAAAAACUCCACCAAAAAUUUAAAUAGAGAUGUAGUUAUGGGUUAG